UCCAGAAUUGUGAAGUUUUUAUAUCACGUGAAUUUCAAAAAUACGGUAGGCACAAACGUGUUAAAUCCUAACAUGCAAACUUGGAAACUCAUUCAGGCAAACAAAGUGUUUGCCAGCAAACGCAGCCUCAACUUUUUCUCUUCAGACUCUACACAACUCAUUACAAGAAUUAUAACUUCAUACAAUUAUCACAAAUCCUUGCGAUAACACGAAACUUGACAAUUCAGAAACUGUCACAUCGACAAAGCCAUAUUAAUAAUAUGGUGACUUCCGAUGGGGUCGCUGUGGAGGUGCACGGGACAACUCACGUUCCAAAUUCUAUUUUGAGUUGGUACGAUGAGACUCGCCCUAUGUGGAUUGAUCUUGUUGGGGAUUAUGCUGGAAAAGAGUUGUUUCUGCUUGAGGGUGAUUCUCUAUUAAGAGAAUGUUUUGCAGAUGAGAGGAUUGAUUUUCAAGGUAAGAAAGAUAGUCAUUUUCUCUUGAUCUUUCGCUUUUUGAUCCGUGGGGCGGCUGGCUUUUCACGGAGAAUUUCAUAUCGGGAAUUACAAUACGCAUGUACUUGCUUUCAAUACGAAUUGAUGUACAACACUACACCAUCACGAAAGCUUCAUGUCACUGCGUGUCGUAUAUGGAGGGCUCCUGAGAGCAACCCAACUGCUCUCUUUAAAUCCAUUUUCGCAAAAGGACUCAUGAGCUAACGUUAUUAGAUGGAUUUCAACUACUACAUGCUGUAUAUGUAGUAGAACGAUUCCUUGAGAAUCUAGUUAAGAGACAUUGCAACUUUCAUAUUGCGUUCUUCGAAGGUAAGUGGUUCCCUUACAAAACUAUGCUUUUGGGCGUUCAUAUAAUAUUCGAGCAUUCCAACCCAAUCGACAAUUCUAACCUUACUAUUAGAGAAUCGGCAAUUAUGUUUACCACCAGGAGUGGAACCCACACACUGGGGUAGAUAUCUCCUCGCUCGCACAGCAAUUAGGGAGCAUCUGCACCACAAGCUACCACUGUCGCACCCAGAGAUUAUUAUCAAUACUUUCUCGUCAACGGAGAGUCAAGAAUUCUCAAGUUAUCUCCAUGAUACACCGAUUCACUUUGCCAUGUCUCAUGAUGGGGCGGCCACAGCAAAGAAACCUCGCUCAUCAAAAGAAGCCAAGAUUAUUCUGCGUGGGAUGAUAUGGUCUUUUAAUUGCCACAAGCUUAAUGUUGCUUUGAUCAACCACAUAGAGUUCAGAGAUUCGAAGGUUUUUACGAUGAUCGUGGAAAGCAUGACCAUCUCAAACCAGCGCAAACUACUGAUGAAUUCUACAUUCGCCGAGUACAUUUCCCAAGCUCGUAUAAAGUUUGCGGAAGAUUUACAAUCUGGUACCACCGAUAGGAUACCCGUCAUUGACGACGAAACCAUCAAGAAGCUAUCUGCUGCCUUAGCAGAGGGACAUCUGAGUGAGAGAUCAUGCGUUUCAGCUCUUUCUGCGUCUCAUAUCCUGAAGGGGAAUCAAUCUGAUGUUUUCCUCGCUUCCGCCCUCGUAUUACACAGUGUUCUACUUGACCAAAUUCCCCUUGCAAAGCGUCGAUUUCCAUCUAUUGAUUUCGACGAAAACUUCGAGGAAGAAAUUACUAGUUUCCUGUCCUUAUAUGCAGAAGCAGCCCAAAAUAUACUAGACAAUCCAAUAUGGAGCAAAUUUGUGGAAGCGAAUGAUCUUACAAGAGAUACGCAUGAUCUUGUCGAUGGCAGAUUAUUACGCGUCGUCAUACAAGCUCUGUGCGACGAAUCCUCAGACCCUUUUCCUCAAUCAAUCCACGAGGAGUGGCUGGUGCUUUGCAAUCUGACCAAAGAGCUUUCGAGUCAAGAGCUUUCCUUGAAAGCAAGCUCUGAUUUAGACUCCGUUAAAAUCGUUGCAACUGGAGAUACUGACUCAAGCUCAGAGGAUCUUACAGUUUUACCCUUCACUAACGCUGUGUUCAACAAGCACUUGCAGUGCAUCCAUGUCAAGACAGACGCGUCUCUGUCCACACAAUUUGGCGCAAUGAAACUGUACAGAGAAACAAGCCACUGGCAUAAUCACAAAAAGCCGCUCGUCACAAAAGCUCUUCCAGCACAGAAAGUCUCUAAAUGGCGGUAAGCAACGUUACCUUGAGCUGAUCUUUGAUACAUCAUGUGUAUGACCGAGUACGUACUAAGCUGUCUGCAGUAAUCCUCUUCGUACCAAUCAAUUUUAUAUGAGCGAAAUGACUGCCUAUGCCGCAAGUUUAACCGGAGCAAAGGGAAAGGCACUCGAACCGGAAACUAUCGUGGUGGGGCCCAAGCAACUGGUGAAAGUUGUUGAGGAGAAACCAUCAAAGGCGAGUAAAGUCGAAAACCCAGCGCCUAAAUCGAAGAAAGAAGCUGCAAGUGAUGUAUGCAUUCAUUACGCCUGGUCAAUUAAAUCAAGCUGACAAUAACUUCCAGAAUAAGAAACCUGGAUCCAGUGCUAAGAAGGGUACAAAAAAGGGUGGUGGUCUUUCAGCUGCUGACCAGAUCCGCGCUGCAAACCUGGAAAAGAAAGGCGACACGGAGACUGAUAAAGCUUUCCUUGCGUGGUCUAUGAUUAUGAAAGAUCUUGAUUUGACCUCUAACGAUGAAAAUCGCUACCUCCGUGCAAAACAAUAUCUUAACAAUCUUGAUGGUGCCAGAACAAAAAUCCUUGAAGGGGAUAUUAACACCUACAUACUCCAAUGUCUAUUGUCUUGGUGGGCUGGGUAUUGCAAGGAGAGUAAGAAAAUGACUGGCUACCAUGUAGUUGCAUUGAUUUGGACAACUGUAAGAUUCGUAUGUACUACUAGUGCACCAAUCACAAAAGAGAUUGUUCAGCACGUCGAGAAGAUUUGCAAACUAGUUGGAAUCUCGGACGCUUUCUCUCAGCCGAAAGUCAUCGGUGUUGAUCGCAAGCUAUCUUUUACCUUCAAGUAUCCGCCCCCGACUUUAUCCUUGAAGAUUGGCCUUUCUCAAUCAGAAUUCCAGCUCGAACACUGUGGUCCGUACAUGGACAGGAUGCUUGAUGCAAAGCCAGAUGCUCGUGUUUCGAGCUUCAUUCCGGAUGGUUGGCAGAGAGAUGUGCUCGACCAAUUAGAUGCCGAUAAGAGUGUAUUUGUGGUGGCUCCCACCUCUGCUGGUAAAACAUUCAUUAGUUUCUAUGCUAUGGAGCAGAUUCUACGGGCUGAUAACGAUGGAGUUCUUGUUUAUGUUGCACCAACGAAGGCACUUGUCAAUCAAAUUGCGGCUGAAGUUCAAGGUAAGCACAAUCGAUUUUUUGCCUUUCCUCCUGACUCUUUCGCUGAGGAGCAAACAUCACCUUGCUUCGCACCAAAAAUAUAAAACAAACGAAUUCCUCUUAUUAAAAAGCUUACCAAGGUCAUCACUAACAAUGAUAUUCAAGGUCGAUUCUCUAAGAGAUUCCCCCAAGCAGGCAAAGGAGUGUGGGCUAUUCAUACAAGAGAUUAUCGCGUGAAUAAUCCUACAGGUUGUCAAAUACUCGUCACUGUGCCUCAUAUUCUUCAGAUUAUGCUUCUAUCGCCAACGAAUGCGAAGUCAUGGGCUCCACGAGUAAAGCGUAUCAUUUUUGAUGAGAUCCAUUCUAUCGGCCAGUCUGAAGACGGUGUGGUAUGGGAACAGCUCUUGUUGUUAGCACCGUGUCCUAUUAUUGCCCUUUCCGCUACUGUGGGAAACCCUGAGCAAUUUGCGGAUUGGCUUGGCGAAACUCAAAAAGCAAAUGGAUCUGAAUUGAAGAUGAUCAAGCAUUCCACGAGAUAUUCCGACUUACGAAAGUUCAUGUACGAACCGCCUCAAAUGUUUCAUUUCGAGGGUCUCGGAGACUCAUUCGGCCUUGGUCUAGGUUUGGAUGGGUUGCAAGGAUUUCAAACUUUCCAUCCGGUUUCGUCCUUGGUUGAUCCUUCGAGGGGGAUGCCCGAAGAUCUUGCACUUGAGCCUCGAGAUUGCUUAUCGUUGUGGAAAGCUAUGGUCAAACAUCAGAGCAAGGAGUACAAUGUUCCCGAAUCACUCAACCCAGAACAGGCAUUACCACCCUGCAUUCGAAAAGCGGAUAUAUUCGCUUGGGAAAAGAGCCUUAAGAGAGUGCUGCUUCAAUGGAUGGUAGAGUGUCGACCGCAAUUCGCCAUUGUGGUAAAGGAAUUGACUCCCGAGAAGACUGAGAUCGAUGAUGAUAUCUCAAUUCCCAGCUCCUCUGGCCCAUCGACUGAGCUCAUUGACCCAUUGGAUCUUCAAGCAACAACCCUGCCAUUAUUGCAUCAGUUGCACAAGCGUCGUGCCCUGCCAGCUAUUUUGUUCAACUAUGACCGUGCUGCUUGCGAGAGCAUUGCGAACACUCUAUUGAACCAAUUGACUCAAGCUGAAGAACAAUGGAAGAAAGGAUCAGCUUGGAAAAAACUAAUAGACGGCUAUGAAAAGUACCAAGAAAUGAAGACGAAAAAAGCUCGUAAACCGGCCAAACCAUCCAAGAAGACAAACCAAGACGACGAAGGUGGAUCAAAGAUGGACCGAAUGCGCGAGGAUGCAACAGAUGGAUCUUCCUUCUAUGAUCUCUUCGAUCCGGCCGCUCCGCAAGCUGAUUUCUCGUUUGCUGAUCCAAAGCGUUUGCAAAAAGAAGAACUUGAUGGAUUCAUUCGACAACUUCGUCGCAAGGAGAUUAAGGAGGACUUAAUUGACUUGCUGAAAAGGGGUAUAGGUGUUCAUCAUGCUGGUAUGAACCGAAAAUACCGUCAAUGUGUAGAGAUGCUGUUCCGUAAAGGCUUCCUGAGAGUCGUCAUUGCAACCGGCACACUUAGUUUGGGUAUUAACAUGCCCUGUGCAACUGUAAGUACCUAAUUUUUUCCCCGAUCUCAGAUCCUAGUGUGACAUUUCCUCAUAUCUGCUCCUUUUACCCGCCGAUACAGCUUUCUCCUCCUUCUCCUAAAUCUCCUUCUGGUAGGCAGAACUGACCGAUCUUGCAGGUGGUUUUUAGUGGUGACUCGGUAUUUUUGACUGCCCUGAAUUUCCGUCAAGCUGCAGGUCGUUCAGGUCGUCGUGGUUUUGAUCUUCUCGGAAACGUUGUAUUCCAAGGUAUCUCUCGAGAGCGAGCAAGCCGACUUCUCAGUUCCCGACUUCCUGAACUUACUGGUCACUUUCCAAUCACGACAACAUUGGUAUUGCGAUUAUUCACACUUUUGAACGAUUCCAAGAACUCGCCAUAUGCAGUUAGAGCUAUCAAUUCCCUUCUUUCUCAGCCUAGACUGUAUCUUGGUGGUCAAAGUUUCAAAGAGCAAGUCCUUCACCACUUAAGAUUUUCCAUAGAGUACUUGCGGCGCAAUGCACUCCUUGGACCUGGAGGUGAACCUGUCAACUUCACUAGUUGUGUUUCGCAUCUCUACUUUACUGAAAAUUCGAGUUUUGCAUUUCAUGGUAAGUGGUUCCUCUAUCUGUAUGGUAAAAAAUGUAUAUCAUGAGCUAAUGGGCACCAGCACUUCUCAAUGGAAAGUACUUCCACAAGCUCUGUGCAGAUAUCGACACCAAAUCCGAAGAUGUACUGCGUACAAUGAUUCUAGUAUUGAGCCAUCUUUUCGGCCGGCAAGUUGUCAGAGAAGUUGACGAUCCUGAAGAGGCAGAGAAGAUCCACCGCUCACCAUCGAACGUGUAUCUUGAGCCCAUGCCAGAAGACGCAGCUAAUAUACUUCGUGGUCAUAACAAGAGCACUUUGGAGGUAUUUUCUACGUACGUGAAGACAUUCGCUGAGCAACACAUUACUGAAGAUGAACACGCUUUGCCAUUCACUAAAAGCCCAGUCGGUCCGAAUGAAGCAAGCAAGACCAAUGGUAACACAAACUCGGCCAUUGGGUUUCUUCCUUCAUUGCCCCGUCCGCAGGCGAGAUCACCAUUUGUAGCACUAUCCGGGCUAGGUGACUCCUUCACUACCAUAGAAGAUCUCUGCAGCUCCACCCGUGAAGGCGUCUUCCUUGAAGCAGCCGUGAUUCCCCAUCUCGAGCUUCACCCCGAUGAAACUAGAUCACCUUUAAAUUCAUACCUCCUCGAUUUCUACAAGCAUGGUUCUUUACAACCUCUCGAGGAAGCCAAUGGUAUCCGCAAAUCAGACGUUUGGUUUGUACUUAACGACUUUUCUAUGGUUCUAGCUACAAUCGCCACUUCCCUCGCCUUACAUCUUGGCCUAGGCCAAGAUACCGAUGCAGAACUUCUCGAUGUAAUGGGAGCAGGAGAUUCCGUUGAGAACGAGAAUGAUGAGAAAAUGGCCGAAGAUUUAGUUCCGCAAAAUGUUUCUACACCAUCUAGUGAACUUCAGCAAGCUCAACCGGUGCGUCGAAAGAAGGUAGUCGAUGAUUGGGAUGCUGGUGAGGACAGAUUGGCUGCGGAAGAAGAUUAUUUGGAGAAGGAAAAGGAGAGUGGUGCGGGAGCGACGGAAGAUGAAGAGUAUCAAAAGUUGAUGACUGUUUAUCGGGCAUUUAGAAAGUUGAAGACAGAAUUUGAUGAGAAGUUUAGAGCUAUCUGGGCUUAGAUGAGAUGGGGGUAUCUAUGAAUGGAUAGAAUGGGUAAAAUUGUUAUCAGCGUGACGAAAAUGGCGUUUUUAAUUCAAAAUUUUCUAUCAAUCUGGAUAAAUUGAAAAAUGUUAGAUGGAGAAUAGAUGGAAAGAAAAUUUUUCAUUGAUAGAUAAAAGCUAGUGCUCUGUAAUGAAGUUGCUGAGUGAAAGUUACUGUGGUAUGUUACAAUAUAUUUGUGAGAUCUUAUAUUACCUCUUAUAGAGUAUCAGACAUCAAAAGUAACUUUAUAACUUACAUCUCAGUCAUCUGUCAAAAGG